AUGACACAAAAAUUAAUUAUUCUGUUUUCAGAUGUGAAGAACGUUAUCCAAACAACUCGAGUUUGGAUGUUGAAUAAAAAUGGUGCAUCUGCCGGGAAUCGAACCCGGGUCACCUCGAUGGCAACGAGGUAUUCUACCACUAGACCACAGAUGCUCCAUUCGUUUAGAACAUUCAGAAUUGAUAUAGUUAAUGGUAUUGAUUUCAAACUAAGAGGAAUCUUUAUAUACUAG